AUGUUCAACGAUUGCAGAAGGACCUUGGAUCGUCUGAAAACAUUUUGCGACAUUCAGCUGAGAGGUCAAACUUCGAGCUCACAUCAACUCAUGAAGGCCGUUUCGGAGUUAAGCAUCAAUCGGACCAAGGUUUUGGGUGUUAACAAACGAAAGAAUCGCCGAGAAGUGGUACACGAGAAGUUGCUGAAUCUAGCGCACCGAUUUGUCGAGAUCGACAGCGAUGAAAAACUCCCUAAAAUGGAAUGGCGGUUCGGUUUGGUGAACAUCGUCUCGUACACUUUCGCCGUUUUGAUCACGUUCGUCAUCAUUUUUGGCCUGUGGCUGAGAGAGCUUGUUAUGGAGGGGAAAACAGCGGGAUCUUUGAAACAAAUUCCCGUCAACUGCCCGUCCGAUCACUCCUCCACCUCCACCCCAAUCUCAACGCGCGCAAACGCCUGGCACGUCAAACGAUACACCAGAAGCCCAGCAACGAAACUUAGCACAUUUUUGUGUUGGCUGCCGUUUCGGACGACUGUGGCGAAUUACCACUGCUCUGCAAUGGAUCCAUGCGAGGGCACAUCAACUGAUGAUUUUUCGUCUCCAUUUGAUGAUUCCGAUUUGUCUCUCACCUGUCUUGUCUGUGGCCAUAAACCAGCCAGGAAUUAUUACGGAUCAAUCGCUUGCAACCGUUGCAAGACUUUUUUCUUACGAGUGGCCACUCGAAAGAAACGAUACAACUGUGAAUACAAUAGUAAUUGUAAAUAUCCAAAAGAUCGAUGUCCGGCAUGUCGCUAUCACAAGUGUCUGACGGUGGGAUUGAUCCCGGAAAUGGCUGGCCGGAGAGAGGGAUGUCAGAGACGAGCGAGAGAGGGAACAAUGAGCAUCAUCGAGCCUCCAUCACCUGGAUUGCCUUCAUUAACAGAAGAAGCCACUCGAAUGGUGGCUGUUGUUUGCCCGUCAACAUUCAAGACUGAAAUCAAUUUAUCCAUCGAGGAAACCAUUCAAAUAUUGCAUCGAUUGGAAGAAAUUUGUGCCCGAGAUGAUCCGGCCAUCUCUCUGCAACACGAUUUUGAUUUCAAUCUAAAUCUCUCUUUUGCUGAUGUUCUCAAAAAUCCAACUUUCAUUUGCCCAAGAGUACCGGCGGGUUUCAGUGCUGCAAGUGACUUCAAUCCAUUCGGCAAUCGAAUGGGUGCUCGAUGUUUUGCGAGAAUGGUCGUUUAUUGUGCGGAUUGGCUGAGAGCGACACCUGAAAUCUGGGAAAUGAAAGAGAUUGAUAGGCUGAGAUUUUGUCUGCACACAUGUGGAGUGUUGAUUCCAAUUCAACUCUACUAUUACACGUACAAAGAGGGAUAUGACGGAAUGUUGCAAGGGCUAGGAACGCAUUUCUCUUGCGAAUCGACACUCGGAGCUGGAAUUCCCGAUUUCCUUCGUUACACCACUCAUCAAUUCCACAAUGACAUUUCGCCGAUGCUCAAAAAAGUGAAAUUCUCCGACGAUGAGUUCGUCGUUUGGAAGAAUAUGAUCAUUUUUAAUUCGACUUUGGGUCUUUCUGAUGAAAGUGCGACGAUCGUGAGAAAAGCACGGAAUCGAUAUCAAGGGAUUUUGGUUCAACUACUCCGCAAAACGUGUACUGAAGCGGAGGCGAUCGCGAAAAUGGAUGUACUGAUGAGAGUGCAUCGAUGGUUAGAGAACAAUGCCACCCAAGCAGCAGUUUUCUUCGCGAAGAUUUUCGCGAUGGGUGGUGGAGGGGCAGGGUUGGAGGCGCCUCUUGUCGGCGAUGUUUUCCUUGCUCGGGUU